CUCUGUUAUUGUGCUUUGUUCUCAAUAAUUGGUUGAAGGCAAUCAAUCCAAUCCAACCCUUGGCUACCGUUGCUCCAGCUGUUGCCAACUAGCUAGCUAGUUAGUUAUAGUUGACCCACCAUGGCAUCCCAACUCCAUGAACGUCGAAAGCAUCACCAGCAUCCAGACGAGGAGGAAGCGUGUCCGGAUACUCCACAACAACAUCGAAGCAGUAGUACCAGCCCUGGCGGAAGUCUUGGUGGUAGCAAGAUGAACCCAAUUCUGGCGUUGGCUCGCAGUCUGAAGAAUAGCAAGAAUAAAGAGGGGCGAAAUGAAGUGGGAGCAGCCUUGAUGAGUGUGGUAUCCUUUUUAGUAGUGGGUUUUGGUCUUGGGUAUUUCCUGAUGCACAUUCAACAUCGACGCGUGAUUUUGCACGUCAUGAAGAAUCCGUGGGCGCAUGGUGGCGCCGUAAUACUGCGAGGCCGGGUUGGAUUUCAACAUCACUUUUACUCCGGUCCUCCUCGCUAUGUCACUGUGGUCAUGCCCUCGGUGGUGAAUCCCAAAGCACGACCACACCGACUGCGAUCCAUUCAAGAUACAUGGGGGCCCUUUGCCAGAUCCAUCUUUGUGGUAUCCAAUGUCACGCUAGAAUUCCCACCGGCCAAGACCCACAAUGCCAUUAUAUCCGACAAUUCCGAACCGGGAGAUCCAUUCAGUUACCCACAAGCACUUCAGAUUCCUGCGGAAAUUGGAGAUGAAAAUGGAGUGGCGCGAUUACAGUAUGUCUUCAAAACCAUUUACGAAAAAGUCAAUCCAGACUAUGCCUUUUUUGUCAAUGAUCACACGUUUGUGAUACCAGAACACUUAUGCAAUUAUCUACAAGAUUUGGAUCCAUUGGAGGAUCUCUAUGCCGGUCAUGCCAUGAAGACUGAUAAGGAUGUCUUCAACAGUGGAGCUGCGGGGUAUUUGCUCAGUCGCAGCACCAUGAAAAAAUUAGUCGAGGCGUGGGCAGACAAGGAACCCCAUUGCACCAUUGAUCCCAACAAUAAGCAAAUGAAAUUUUUGGCCGGAAAUCCGGGAUUAAUGACGACCGUCUGUUUGCGAGACGCCCUCAACAUUACUGCCAUUGAUACGCGGGAAGACUCCAAAUAUCAUCGAUUUCACGCAUUCCCACUCACACGACAAGUUUCCGGCGACGUUGAUGAAUGGUACAUUAAAAAACACAAUGUGGAAACGGCACGGGCCAUUGGAGCCGAUGAAACGUAUGCGACUAUGCUGACGGGAGAAGACUGUUGUGCCAAAUCCACCGUGACAUUUCAUUACGUGGAACAUGCCGAAGCACGGGCAUUGUUUGCCACGCGAGAGCGAUUGUUGGCCAAUCCGCACUUGACCGAUAAGGAAUUGAUGAGUCUCAUGAUGAAAGAAUGGCCCAAGAACCAAAAAGAGAUUGGAGCCUAUUCGCGGCCACUGCCAGAUAGUAAAAAUGAAAAAGGCUGGAAAGCGCUGCUGAGAACGGUGCGGAAAAUUACAACGCGAGAGACGCAACGAGAUUGUUAGCAAAUGGAUGCAAAGGUGCAUGCAUGCAUUGAUGCAUUGAUGCAAACAAAGCAAAAACAAAAGGCCUUGGCAGCUAGCUAGAUAGAGACAGAUUAUAGCUGGCUAACUCCUGUAGUACAAUGUAAGAUUUGGAGGUAUGCAUAGGGAUUGGCGUGAACAACUAGGAGCAACACGAUGCACAACAGUGGUGGCG